CGUCCGAAAUCCGGGGGCUCGCCGACUCCCCCCGGCCCGCGGAUGGACCCGUCCGAUCUCCCAGUCGACCGCCUCGGGGAAGACGAGACCACCGGGAGGAGGGAAUGAAGGAUGGCAGCACGCCGGGCAUUAAAAGCUGUUUUGGUGGAUCUCAGUGGCACACUUCACAUUGAAGAUGCAGCUGUGCCGGGCUCACAGGAAGCUCUUAAAAGGUUGCGUAACGCUUCAGUUGUCGUUAGGUUUGUGACAAACACAACCAAAGAGAGUAAACGAGACCUGCUGGAGAGGCUGAAGAAACUAGACUUUGACAUCACCGAAGAUGAGAUCUUCACAUCUUUGACCGCGGCUAGGAACCUUGUGGAGCAGAAGCAGGUCAGACCUAUGCUGCUGGUAGAUGACCGAGCACUUCCUGAUUUCCAAGGCGUACCAGUAAAUGAUCCCAAUGCCGUGGUCAUCGGACUGGCACCCGAACAUUUUAAUUAUCAAGUUUUGAAUCAGGCAUUCAGGUUGCUGCUGGAUGGCGCUCCCCUUAUAGCAAUACACAAAGCCAGGUAUUACAAGAGAAAAGACGGCUUAGCCCUGGGGCCUGGACCUUUCGUCGUGGGAUUGGAGUACGCUACGGACACCAAAGCCACUGUGGUAGGGAAGCCAGAGAGAACUUUCUUCUUGGAAGCUUUGCGGGGCGUCGGCUGUGUGCCGGAGGAGGCCGUUAUGAUCGGAGACGACUGCAGGGAUGAUGUCGGAGGUGCCCAGAACGUCGGCAUGCUUGGAAUCUUAGUGAAGACCGGAAAAUACCGAGCAGCAGAUGAAGAUAAAAUUAAUCCACCUCCCUAUUUAACCUGUGAGAGUUUCCCUCAAGCUGUGGACCACAUCUUGCAGAAUCUACUGUGAGGGAUAAUGGCAAUUUGCACAAACUUGAAAUUGAAUUGUGAUUUUUUCAAGAAUAAGCUGUAAAAACUGAACACCCAGGGGGAAAAAAAAGAAAACCACACCCAGACACGUAUAUGAUCACAUUUAACCAACCUUUAUUGGCUGCUGUUUAGAGCAAAAGAUAUUGAAAUGCAUGCAGUCACUAUGUCCAGCUAAUUCUUUGUGUUUUGUUUGCUAAAGUAGGUGUAGUCUAAAAUAAGGAAAAGCUGAGAUUUGGGGGCCAGUUCUUGUAAAACAUUCAUCAGGUCAGACAGCACCAGAGGAACAGAUCCACCACAGAGUGAAGUUUGGCGAUGUCUUUUAGCUAUUUGGGCCAGGGGGGUAAAGGGAAGGUGUUGGGAUUGUGACUAAAAUAGAAGGGUUUUUUUUAAUAAUGAAAGAACACACUGAAAGGUGUAGUUUUAGUAUUGAGUACAACCGUAGAAUCUAUCAAAGGUGCCAAACAAAGCAAUCUAGAAGGGAAACUGGAUUAGUUUUUAGACCAAGCGAUCAAGUAAAUUUGCUUUAAUGGAUGCUGAAAACUAGAUUAUCUACUGUAUUAUUCCCAACACGAGUGACUUCUUUUUCUCUUCAUUAGCCAGAGAUGACUAAUUUAAAUUUAGAACCUGAUUUUAAUUUAAAAUAAUAUUACCAUUAAUAACCUAUUCAUUGUAGAUACCUAUUAUACUGGGUAACAGUUGUUUUGGAAAUUUUAUGUAAAAUUAAAACUAUCAGUAUUUUACAGAUGUUUUAAUUAGACAUUGUUAUUAACAGGAACAGUGCAGAAACUAAAAUCAAGCCCUUAAUGUCUUAUAGACCAUACAUUUUUGGAGUUAGUGUCCACAGGGGUCCUAUUAGCUGUACAUUUGCAAGAUUUCAUUAUUUUUCCCUCUCACACUAUGGGAAAAAUCUUUUAGAAGCUAUUGGGACAAAUUCAAGCUUUUAUGUAUUCGGUUAGUACAGCUGUAAAGAGGAAAUCUCAUUGUUUAGCUCGGAUCAUUCUUCCUCCGCACGUUCAAUCCGCCAAAAUGAAAAGGGGACUGACUCGGUAAUGAUUUUCCGAGCACAUCUGCAUAGUGAUAAUGCAAGUCCUUUGCAGUUGUUUUACAGGGCUCUUGGGCAUUAAAUUAUUAGAAUAUAAUUGUAGCGUACACCUUAUGGAAAGUCUGGUUGGUGUUAAUGAGCUACAAGUUUGGAUACUUGUUCAGAGAACCAUCCUGGACUUGGAGAAAGACACGGCUAUGUGAAAUGAAUUUAUCUGCAAAGCCGGGGAUUAUCGAGGUCCUGUGAGUCUGCAAGGGACAGAGUGCUGCUUGAUUGUCCCAAGCUGCUGAGCUUGGAAUCACAUCACAGUUGCCUUUGCACUCAAAGGCAGAAAGGGAUAAAACUGCACCAUCCCCUUCCUUCACCUCCCACCUUCUACUCUCGAUCAGCUCAAAUCACUCCAACCCACAUUCGAAAGUACAAAGAAAAGGGUCACUCAAAGUGUCUCAACCCUGGGGAUGUUUAAAAGGGUCUUAGGACACUGGACAGGGAUGCCCAUCUGGGACUCCUGGAGUGUGCUUGGAAAAGAGGAUUGGUUAGCUUAGGACCUAUUUUUGGUCAACAGUCGUGGACAAAGCAAUGGCCGGAACAGGAUGAGGCGAAAAGGAACUUCAUUUACGCAUAGGGUCAACAGGCCAACUGAAUGGGGGACGAAAACCUCUCCAAAGGAAGAAGCUACUCUGUUGGUGUCUGGUCUCAAGAAGAGCAUGGUUCUUAAAGUCUGCUCUCUGUUGUUAAACAAGAACUCUAGAUGUCCAGGCCUUUCUUUAACUAAUCACGGAUGUAAAGGGUGUUGGGGGAGGAGGCACAAAGCCUUUGUAGGGUUUUUUUUG